GGCGAGCGCUCGUGUCGCCACUCACGCGCGAACACAACGCUUUUCGCGAUUUUCCCCAUCUUGGGAAAUUAUACAGAAAAUAUUUUUUUAAUUUUCAAAACGGUCGGCCUAAGUCCGGGCCUAAUUUUAGUCUAUAUUCAAAAUUUUAUUUACAAAUUAGGAAGUGUAUUUAGACUGUAAGCGAGUGCGUCAGACUGUAGCGAUAGUAACGUCUCGACCUAAGCAACAUUGUGAUACGCAAAGAGAGAUACAGAGCGAGUUGCCGACCGGCAGUGAUGUAAAGUGAGGUCGGGUGCAGCCGCCCAGAGAGAGCCGACAGAAGAUGCAAGCGAUGAGCGCGAACGCGUCGGCGCCGCGCGCGCCGCAGCGGUCGCCGUUCGCGAUCCAGGAGCUGCUGGGGCUGUCGGAGGCGCGCGAGUCGCGAGAGACGCGCGAGGCGCGCGAGCGGUUCCUGGAGCGCGAGCCGGAGCGCGUGCUGAACCUGUCGGAGCGCGAGCCGCGUCCGUACGCGCCGCAGUUCCCGCUGCCCGCGUCCAUGGCGAGCCGGGUGGCAUACGCGGCCGCCUUCAACGCGCAGGCCGCUGUCGCCGCCGCCUUCCUGCCCGGACCGCCACUACUGCACGCGCCACCCGGGUUCCCGCAGAUCAAGUCGCCGUACAGCCCUACCUCGCAGCCGCAUCUCACAGGAAAGUGGCUGAGGGCGCCCGCGGGGAGGGAGCGCGCGGGAGGCGCGGGCGGCGGGCGGGCGGCGCGCGCGCGGGGGAGGCAUCCCUCAUGUCGUCCUCCCUCACCCCACACACCCGGCUUUGUCUCACCGACGGACCGCCUCUGCUAUGUACUGCCGCCACCGUCGGUGCUUGAACAAGAGCACAGAGCCCGCAGCCCGAGCCCGCGGCCGUACGAGUACUCUUGGUGCAACACAGACAACUGCGACUCGUAUGGAUUACUCUCCCUAAUUCCUACUUAG